AAAAAAGACACAAACUUUCAAGUCAGAAAGUGGGAGAGAGUAGUGAAGUGAAGUCUGAAACCCUAACCGAAACGGAAACCAAAACCCAAACCCCGUGAUUUUACGUCCACGACAAGAAAACAAAUCCGAAACCUACCAAACCCUAACCCCCAAAUUCCCUCCCCGCCAAUGCUCCCCGCCACCUAAUUCGCCGGCCGGUGCUCCAAUUCCACCGCUUCAUGUCGGUCGACGGCCGGGACGGCCCGGCUCAGGCGGCCGGAAACGGACUGGGGAAUUCGAACAAUUCGGCGGCGGCGUUCGUGACGAUGUCGAGCCAGCGGCUGCGUCUGAACCCUAACAAGGAGCACAAGCCGGAGAGCUACGACGACAUGCAAUUGGAUUUCAGCCCGUCGAUCUUCAGCUCUCUGGAACGGUACUUGCCGCCGAACAUGCUCGGAAUGCCGAGAUAUGAUAAGGUCAAGUUCAUGAGGGAGAUUCUGCUCAAGUAUUUGCCUCAUGGAGAGCGCAACAGAGUUCAGAAGCAUAGGGAUUACAGGCAGAAGAUCAUAUUGAAUUACCAGCCUUUGCAUAAAGAGUUAUACCAGCUGGAUCCUGCCACCACCUUUGUUCCUGCAUUUCUAGAAGCAGUUAAUGAGAAUACUGAGGAAAGCUUCAAAAGGAUAUGUUCUGAACCCUCACCUGGAAUAUAUACUUUUGAGAUUUUUCAGCCACGGUUCUGUGAAUUGUUAUUAGCCGAGGUGGAGAAUUUUGAAAAAUGGGUCGGUGACUCCAAAUAUAGAAUCAUGCGACCAAAUACAAUGAAUAGGUAUGGUGCUGUUCUUGAUGAUUUUGGCCUUGAAACCAUGCUUGACAAGCUUUUGGAGGGUUUUGUUCGUCCUAUAGCUAAAGAGCUGUUUCCUGAGGUUGGUGGAUCAACUCUGGAUUCUCAUCAUGGGUUUGUGGUUGAAUAUGGUAACAAUAGGGAUCUUGACUUGGGUUUUCAUGUUGAUGACUCAGAAGUAACUUUGAAUGUGUGCUUGGGUAAACAAUUUUCUGGAGGAGAGUUGUAUUUUCGGGGAAUACGUUGUGAUAAACAUGUAAAUAGCGGAAGCCGUCCAGAGGAAGUCUUUGAUUAUUCUCAUACCCCAGGAUAUGCUGUGCUUCAUCGUGGUCGUCACAGGCAUGGUGCUAAAGCCACGACAUCAGGUCAUCGUGUCAAUUUACUUCUAUGGUGCAGGAGUUCUGUCUUCAGAGAGAUGAGGAAGUAUCAGAAAGAUUUCUCUAACUGGUGUGGGGAAUGCUUGCAUGAGAAGAAAGAGAGGCAACGGAUGUCAAUUACAGCUACGAAACAGGAGUUGUUGCUCAGGAAGGAUGAUGAGUCAACAGCGUGAUCUUCAUUCACUGCUCAUAUACACCAUUUGUUGUAAAAUGUAGCUGUAGCCUUGUCCUAGCACCAGAGAGACUGGUCUACAGUAGAUGAGAGUUAUGCUUUUGUGCAUUAUUUUAACUUGGGACGCAUCUGCUUAUGUACAUCAGUUUAUGUUAUGAAAUUGAUAACUUCCUAUAUUGAACUUUGAAGCAUUUGUGGAAUUGAACUUCUGUAAAAAGUCCUAAUGUUUAUGUGAAUUCAUUGGGUGGCUGUUUUAUUCGA